CAGAGAGUGCCUAGAAGUGCUAAUUGAAUUCAAUUUAUUUUAUUUAAUUCUUAUCGGAAGACGAUGUUUCAUAUUCUGAAAUGAUGGCUGAAGCAGUGGUAGACGAGACAGAACCAAUGCGAGCGUGGUUCCGAAAUAGCGUGCAACAUGUUAUAAAUAGAAAGAGAGAACGAGAUUAUCCCAACACGUUUAACGAAUGGUAUACGUAUCUAUAUAACAAAGAAAUAGAAAUCUCAUCUGCGAGAAUUAACCAUUUUCGCCGCAAAACAAAAAUGAGAAACGCCAUAACAGAAUAUAUGACUAAUCCAGAAAAUAUCUCGAGUAUUCAAUCAAGAUUUUUGAUUACCUCUACUCUACUGCAACAAGAAACAGAACGUUAUCGUCGUCAAACUGAACGUAUGAAUUAUCCAUACGAAUGCUUUAUUCUAGGAGACAUAUUUUCGUAUGAAGAAGGAUUAGCGUUGGUGGAUAUCCUGACAUCAGUUCCCCCACAAAAUUGCAGAUGCCUAGAUUGCUCGCUGAGGCGGCUACCGAUUUUGGCUUAUGAAAUGGCCCGAAUCAUCAGUGGAAUAAAAGGAGUACAAUAUCCGCCCACUUGGGAUUUAAGUCGCCAAGCGGGACCAGAAUGGUCCCAAAAAUUUCAACGAGAGUACGAUCAUGAACUAAACUAUUUACGAUUUCCGUGCCUGAAACCUAUCGAUCUGUUUGAAAUGCACGAUGUUCCAAGUACUUCCAGGGAUCCGUAGGCACGAUGAAGGAAUGAUCUGUGAAUUUAAAGAUUUUAUUCUCGACGGAUUAAAAGAGAACUGUAAACGAAUCAUCUACCAUUCUCAAAAAUAAGGAGUCUAAGAACAGAAAUAGAUGUAAUAAUUAAAAUCAAACAAAAUUAUAGAGAACUACGAUCAUCAUUUUAUCUCAAUUCUACUUCAAUUUUAAGAUACAUUUUAAGAUAUAUUUGAAGCAAGAUCGAGAAUUUAUACAAAUGUUUUCU